AUGUCCCAAACCCAAGACCUCGUCCCAUACACUACUGUCACUCGCGACAUCUACGCACCCAUCGGCGAAGUCUGGGGUAUCUUGGGAGGAUUCGGGGCUGAGAAGGCCUGGUAUCCGGGAUGCAUCAAGCUCAGUCUAGAGGGCUUUGGCAUCGGCAGCAUCCGUAGAUUCAGCUACGAGUAUCCUGAAGGGCCACAGAAGGGGCAGCGCUACGAGUUCUCAGAAGAGAUGACUGAAGUCGACGCUUCGAACCACUCAAUGACAUUUAGAGUCCGAAGGCCCGAUUACCCUGACAUGGUCGCGUUCGGAACAACCGCGUUGGAAUACCUUGGCCCUAACAAGACCCGCUUCAUUUGGAGCUCCAAGGGGAGGCCACUGCCGGAAGAGUAUCAGCAAGUCUUGAACAAGGACCUCGAAUCUCGAUUCGCCGGACUCAUUGCGGCAAUUGCAAAGCAGGUGGAAUGA